AUGAAUCGAGACGAGUUAUUCCUCGAGCCUGGUCCCACUCGAGACGUAAUCCAGCCCGCGACACCUCCAAUUGCAGAGGAUCCGGGCACGUCCCCCCACGCAUCAGAGAUCCAUCGUGAAUACUAUGCACCCGAUGCUCUGCAGGUGGACCAGUCUGCCUCCGCACCGCAGGUGGCCUUUGAUAGUGGUGCUGAAGCCGCCCCCAGCAGUAUUGCUGGGCUUGAGCCCGCGGCUCAGCAUUCAGCGGAAGGCGCGAUCGUCCCACAGCAACAGCCGCAGGGAUGGAAAGGGGAAGGGGGCUCUGACCCUGGUAAUAGUACGACGCAGAAUGGCCGGCCAACUCAAAAUGGCCAAGGGAACAGCACGACGACUGGCUCGCCCACCUCUUCACGGAAACACGGGGUCUAUGCCAAUUCCUCAUUUGCGAGCGUCGAGACUUCGGAUAGAAACAGACAUGUUUUCUUUCAAGAUCUGGACGGUACCCUUCGAUACUGCAAAUGUGCCGGCAACUGCUCGGUGGAUCUGCGUGUCGGUAUUCAAGAUGCGAGGAACAGCACUCCGAUGAGCGCAAUUGCGGACGCAUCGGAUAAUAUCUACCUCUUCUACAUCCAAAACAACAACUCCCUAACCUCCCAACGCUCCGUUUCCGGCAAAUGGUCCCAAUUUCCCAUCUUAACCCCAACGCCCCCCUCAACCACACCCACGCUCAAAUCCCUCACCGCAAACUGGAUCUCCGCCGACACCGUCUUCGUCCUAACCCAACUCCCCUCAUACGGCGCAACCCUCCUCUCCCUCUCCCUCCCCCUCUCCCACAAAACCGCCUCCUGGGAUUGGAGCGACAACACCAGAAGCCUCACCAACUCCAACAGCUCCUUCGGUUUCAACGCGCCCUUCGCCGCCUUCACCAACGCGUCUAAUAGCGAAUCCUUCGCCGCCACGUACAUGGACACGGGGAAAACGUACCCUUGGAUUGCCGUUUUUUCGAACCAGCUGCCCGACAAGCGGGACGCGUCGCAGAAUCUAAUCGGUGUGAGCUAUGAUGGGGAGACUUUCCGCUCUGCGUCCUACGGUCUCAACUUCAACACCCUCGUGCCCGACGACUCGGCUCUCCUCCCCGCCGAUAUCCCCUCCAAUGCGUUCGACCUGCAGAUCGUGGACUUGAACGAUGUGGUAUCGAUCUUGUAUGUGGAGAAUGGCAAACUGGUUUCUACGGGGCAGAUGGAUUUGAAUGUUGGUGCUGUUAAAAAUGAUGAUGGUGCUAGUGGUGGAGGUGGGGGUGGGGGUGGUGGAUAUCCGUUCCCGAGGCUUUCGUCGUUCGUCUCGAAGGGUGGGAAGUUGUAUUUGUAUCAUCAGAUUGAUGAGGGGAGGAUUGCGGAGUCGGUGUUUGAUCCGACGGGCGAGGGCGGUGGGUGGGAGAGGAGUGAGGUUGAGGUGCCGGGUAUGUAG